CAAACUCAACGGAUAAUUACCACCGACCGACAGAACAUGGAUGCAGUUCUACUCACUCAUCACUAACUCUCUCUUCUCACAAUGAAGUCAUCUCGCACAACUCGAUCCUACUCAUCCUCCUCAUCCACCACCACCACCAAUUCUCCUAAACCCACGUCCACCGAAAUCCCCAUUACUUUCCACCCCUCCAACCGCCAAUCCACCGCCGCUACCAAAAUCCAAUCAGCCUACCGAUCCCACAGAAUCCGAAACCUAACCAACAAGAUCAAAACCGUCAACUACCAAGCCGAUAAACUCCAACAAUUAAUCCAACAACAGGAAACAGUCGACACAGUUCGAGCCAACAACAAAGAGAGAAUCAAGAUCAACGAGGCCUUAAUGAAAUUACUAUUUACCCUCGACUCAGUUCCUGGGUUUGAUCCGACGGUGCGGGAGUUCAGGAGGAACGUCAGCCGUCGGAUCGUUGGGUUGCAGGAGAUCUUAGACGGCAUAUGCGAAACACAGGAGGGGAAUUGGGAGGCGUAUUUGAGAGAUUGGGAUGAUGUUAUUGCGGGGAUUGAACGUGAAGUUUGUGUGGAACAGGGUGGGUCUGAUUCGAAUGAGUUUGAGAGGUUUUGUGUUGAGAGUUUGGGGUUUCGGUGCUUGCAACGGUUUCUUCAUCAAUGAGGAGGAGGUUAUUAAUAUAAGGAAUUCUAUUGGGUGAGCAAAUAACCGAAUUAACUGAACAAACUACUUACGGGAAAAUAUGUUUCGGUUUCGGUUUCGGUUUCGGUUUUGUUUACUCUGAUUGAUUAUGUUAUAUAAUAUUUGAUAAAGAUUCUGUUUGGUGCCUUA